GCGUCGGGACGCAGUGCGCCGCCUCGGGCCGCUGCUUCUGGACCCCAGCCUGGCGGUGAGGGAGACGGCGGCCGGCGCGCUGAGAAAUCUCAGUGCUUGUGGAGGUUUUGAAGUUUGUGAUGACAUGGUGACUAAGGAUAUCAUGACUCCUCUGGUCGCGCUGCUGAAAGAGUGCAGUGCCGGACUGGAUUCAAAUGAGAUGUCUCCACAGGAAAAGAAAGAUCGGAACAGAAAUUCUAUUGAGAACAUAGCCAAUGAGGCCGUGAAUGUGCUGUGGAAUAUAUGUGAAUGCAGUAGUAGAGCAGUAUCUAUAUUCAACAAAGAAGGGUGUUUGGAGAUUGUAUUAAAGUAUUUAAGUAGGUUUUCCACCAAUGUUGACCUGGCUAUUUCAGUAGCAUAUUGUUUGCAGACAGUGACUGAAGAUAACCCAGAGCUACUGGGCUCUUUCAGUGCGCCAGCAUGGCACGUCCUGGAGUCGGCAAUGCUUUCUCCUGUCAGCUCCAUGGACUACAUUCUGUUAAAGACGUUGGUGGCAGGGACCGUUUGGAACCUAAAAGACAUUAUUCCAUCCAAGAGCCAGGCAGAAAUCGUAAAUGCCAUACUAAAGAUCUUAUCGGAAGUGUUGGAAGUGGAUGCUGGUGAAAUAGUUAUUCAAAUGAAGGAGGCUGAAACUCAGAGGUUAAAAGCCACUGCAGAGACGGAGGAGAUACGGGAAAAUGCCAGUGGUGACAAUCUGAUUGAAGACGACGUAAUGGAAGAAAUUCCUCAUAGAAGAAAAGUCAGAAGGAAAACUUUCAUUUCAGAUUUACUUCCACCCACUGACAAGGAACUGAGAGAGGCCAUAGCAUUGUUGACAGCUCAGCAGACCGCCCUGGAAAUUAUCGUCAACAUGUGCUGCAGUGAAGAUCCCUCCGACGAUGAGUGGGAAGAGCUUUCUAGCAGUGACGAGAGUGACGCAUUUAUGGAAAAUUCCUUCAGCGAGUGUGGUGGCCAGCUGCUGUCUCCCCUCUGCCUCUCCCAUGAGGUUCACACUGCUUUCACCAACUACCUCAUUCCAACGAAGAUUUUUGAGAAAACUGCCUUUCCAAACAGCAUUGCAGUUAACAUAUGUUCUAGGAGUCCCACUUGGAAGUCUUUGGUUAGAAAGAUGAGCACUGUUCAGUGUAGAGCCCUCGUGUGUCUCCAGAGUCUCGUAUCCCUCCUGGACGUGGACCAUCUGGGGGGAGCUGCAGCUCUUCAGACACUUGCACAACAUCUGUCCCAGCUGCUUUUUUCUCAGCCAGAUUUUGCUAAGCAUGUUGACUUUCUAGAAGCCAUAAGUAGUGCCUUGAGGGCCCUUUUGCAAACAAUGGCCUCCAAGAACAUCUCUCAGUGCAUGACGCCCGAUCAGCUGUUGACACUGUGCACCGCCGGCAUUCACAGUAGUAAUACGGGAGUGAGAGUAAAUGUCGUCAGUAUUUUAGGGAUCACUGGCAGCGUCCUCGCCAAAGAAGAUGGAACACUGGAAACUCUUAAGACCAUCGGGUGCUUUCUGCUUGAGGUUGCCACCAAAGACCCCUCUCUCGUGGUGGCCGGGGAAGCCUUGGAUGCCCUCUUCGAUGUUUUCGCAGAUGGUAAAGAAGCUGAAAGAGCCUCAGUUCAAAUUAAAUUGUUAUCUGCUCUGAAAGAAUUCCAGCCAGUCUUCAAAACGAAGAUACGAAAAGAAGGGAGAGGUAAAUACAGUCCAGACCAGCUGUGCGUUCUCGACAACGUGAAGAUGAAUUUGAGAAGGUUUGUCGCUUAUCAAGAAACUGUUGAGAAAAGACUGACUACCUGAACCAUUGAUGGAGAGGCCAGUUCUUGCCCCCAGUGUUCAGUGCUAAAAGGUACUAAAGGGUUUCCUUUGAGGGUAUGCGUUUCUGGAAGUCAUUUUUUAAAUCCCUGUAUCCUGCACAUUAAUUUGAAGUUUACAGAAACUUCAAAACCUGUCAGAAACUCCCUUUUGAGCCCUGGGAUCCCUGUGGCAUUUCCAGUUUCUGUAAGUGAUGUUUCCAGCAUGUUUUAAUCACUGGAAACAUGAAGAGUGGAAGCGUAGAAACACAAAGGACUCUCAGAUGGUUCUUCAUCGGCAACAAAGAAACUUCCAAACAAUCCUCUUUUCCUUGAAUUUUGCAGGAAAGGAAAAUCCAGAGCAUUCCUUGGAUGCUCUUUAAAGCAAGUAUCAUUUUAUAUUAGAGGACUCUUUCACUAUAUGAAGACAAGCUUAUAAAGAAGAUUUGGGUAUGAAGUGUACCAGUUAGGUUUACCUUUUCUGAAGAAGUGAGUGAGCCGGGUUUGCGCUCCCCUCUUCAGUAGAACGUGCUAAUGAACUAAUGAGACUGUUGUCAUCCUCUAUAGACGGAGCUGAUCAGUUACCGCUGUGUAGCAUCACUCCUUGUGUAAUUUGAUAUGGAAUCAGAAUUAGGAGAGAAUAUUUUUCAAUAAAUAACUUUGUAAUUGAAA